UUCAACAUGGCGGAUUUGAUAUGGAGUUUUGGUGGUAAUUUUCUCGCCGUUGUUUGCAAUACUGGAGCUAAAGUUCUGGAUGUAAGAGAUGGAACUUGCAAGUUCUCUUAUGCUGUUGAUUGUGUACGGCAGUCAGCUUUACCAGAAGAUGCAAGUACACUGGGACAUGGAGUACUUUGCUGUUUUUCAAAGUCUGGAGGGUUGUUUGCCAUUUGUACUCCAUAUAAAGAAUUAUUCAUUUGGCAGACAAGUGACUGGAAACUGCUGAACAAGAGAGAGGUCAUUAGAAGAUCAACAGUUAUAUUAUUUACAAAUAAAGAGGACAGCAUUAUAGUCAGUAACAAAGGAGGAGAUGUUUACAGGUUUUCUGUACAUGACGUUGACAAAGAAAAAGAACUACUCUUGGGACAUGUUUCUAUGAUUUUAGACAUGGUUCUUACUGAAGAUGACAAGUUUUUAAUUACAUCAGAUAGAGAUGAGAAGAUACGAGUUAGUUGGUUCCCAAACUCUUAUAGCAUCCAUACAUUUUGUCUUGGACAUUUAGAUUUUGUUAGCUGUUUAGCUCUGUUAUCAGGAAGUCAAAACAUUCUCGUGUCAGGUGGAGGGGAUGGGACUGUCACAUUCUGGAAUCCUGAAUCAGGCAAAGAUAUAGCUUCAGAAAAGAUAGAUUACUCAACAGAAGACAUCAAAGAGGAAAACCCUGAGGAUGAUCAGCACUGUGGUCCAAUUGUUUCAUCCUUAACUUGCUGUUGCAGAAACUCAGUGGUGUGUGCUAUUAUAGAAAGAUGUAAAAUCAUUUCUUUAUACCAUGCAAGUCAAAAGGAGGUUAUAACCCUCCCUUCCUUAGAAGCAAAUGUGCCCCCCUGGAGUGCAGUAUUUGACCCAGAGGGUAGACUCUGGUGUGUGCAGCCCUACCCUGAGGAGCCUGUGUUGGUUUUUGAACCUAGCGGACAUUCACCAGACUUAACGUACGUAAAACUGGUGUCGGAUUUUACACCGCUCCUGUCCUCAGUUAGCGACUGGAACUAUUUAAAAGGUAGUUUAAAUCAGGAGCGUAAACUGGAUACGCUAAGAAAGAAAGAGGUCGACAAUUUAACGGAGUACUUGGCAAGAAAAGAGGAACGAAUAGAAAAGAAAAAUAACAAGAGUAAACAUCAGGACAACGGUCAUACUAAAAUGGACAGCUCCACCGUUGAACCGACCACAGAAAGUGAAGCAAAGAGACCAAAACUUGAGUUGACAAGUUAACUUGGCCAACUAAACAAUGAGUGUUCGCUACUGCCCAUUUGAUACACUUGUGUAGUCCUUGAAUCAAACAAAAUCUAUACAAUUAAAAACUCUU